AUGCACGCUACUUCGCCAAAUGGUUCCACUUUCAACCAUAUUACAGUCAAGGAGCUCCACCCCACAUUUGGUGCUGAGAUCUCUGGUGUUGACUUCUCAGCUCCUUUGACAGAGGAGGUAUUCGCGGAAAUCCUCGCUGCCAUCACUAAGUAUGGUGUCAUCGUCUUUCGCAGCACCUCCCUUACAGAUGAACGUCAUGUCGCAUUUGCCAGGCAAUUUGGGGAACUAGACGACGUGAAGCCAUACAUUGCUGCGGGUCGUAAACAUCGACUUGAAUUUGACGAGCUCUUUGAUGUGAGCAACGUGGCGGCCGACGGCUCCAUUCUAGAUCCAGAUACUCCGCGUGGGCAAUCAAAUAAGGGCAAUGAGCUAUUUCAUGUGGAUUCAAGUUUCAACCCCCGCCGCGCUGGAUAUUCAUUACUGCUAGCACAUGAGUUACCUCCCCAAGGAAUGGGGGGACAUACCGCAUUUGCGGACACCCGGACCGCGUUUGACGACCUGCCCAGUGAUCUUAAGGAGGAGCUCUUGAACAAAGACUAUAUUGCCGACCAUUCGAUGCACCAUUCUCGAAAAUUAGCCGCCCCCGAAUUCUUUGCGGACGUCAACCCUUCAGAUUAUCCUAUGGGCCGACACAAACUGGUUCAGCGCCAUGAAGCUUCUGGCCGCAUGAAUCUCUACACUGCAGCACAUAUACAUCACAUUGAAGACCUAGAGCCACAAAAGUCACAAAAGCUAAUUGAUGACCUCUUCCAACAUGCGUCUCAAAAGAAAUAUGUAGUCGAAAUCGAGUGGAACGGCCCAGGCGAUUUAGUGAUUUGGGAUAACACAUGUACCAUGCACCGAGCAGUUGGAGGGCCUUUCCUUCGCAAAUACAAGCGGGAUAUGAGGAGAUGCACCGUGCAUGACUCAAGCUCCCAAGCAUGGGGACUGAAUGAGCAUACGGAUGUGAGGCAAGGCUUGCCAUAA